AUUAAAAUGAACUUAAUACUAAACAUAAAAAAUAUCUUACUGAAAGAAAACUAUCAUCUCAUUUCAAACAAUAUAAACUUAAGAGACUUUCAUCCGCAAUUGUACAUUUUCUUAGCAGCCACCGGAAUCUUUACUAAUAAUCGGAACUCACUUCUGAGAUUCAUAUGGCCCUUUGUAUGUAUUUCAAUUGUUAUCAUUGGCUUAGUUCUGCAAGGUAUCUGUGUUGUUCACGGCGUCAUCGUGAAGGAUUACACGGUGGCAACGGAAUGCUUUUUUUAUUUUUUAUUACUAGGGGUAAUAAUUGCCGUAUAUGGUGGCAUACUUAGCAACAGAGAAAAAAUAUUUAAAUUGUUAGAUGACAUGGAUAACGAUUUUCUUUUAAUACAUACAAUGGAACCUAAAUACAGGGAUUACUUUCUGAAGGGUCAGUUGAUGAUACGUAAGCUAUGUUACGCAUGGUAUAUAUACACGUCAAUUAUUGCCGUUAUGAACUUUUUAUUGAUGAUGGGCACUUUACUGGUGCAGAGUUUGGCCAACACUCCUGACAGUCAUACCAACAGACCGUUAAUGUUCCCCAUAUGGCUACCGGAGGAUGAUCCGUACAGGACGCCCAACUAUGAAAUAUUUGCUUUCAUAGAAACUUGUUAUUUGGCUAUUGUAAUUCAAUCAUUUUGUGGAUAUAUUUCUGUGCUGCUUCACAUCUUACUACAUUACUACUAUGUCUUAGAUAUAAUUAUCAAGGACUUUGAAGUAUUAUUUGAUGGUCUAGAUGAAACAGUGACACACUUGUCCCCACAGCACCCAUUACGAAUGGAAGUACAGCAUACUCUGAAUGUUAGAAUGAAGCGGAUCGUCCAGCGGCAUAAUUUAGUAUUCAAGUCUGUGAAAACAGUAUCAUCCGUGUUUGGACCACCACUAGUGUAUCAAGUAUUAUUCUCCGCUAUCGGUUUGUGUUUAUUGGCUUUCCAAGUCGCUGAUAAAUUGGAGAAAGGACAAAUUGAUAUAAUAUUUAUAAUGUUAUUCGUUGGUUGCUGUAUUCAGUUGUGGAUACCAUGUUACAUGGGUACAUUAAUACGCGACAAAGGAUACGCAGUGGGCGACGCGUGUUGGAACAGUGGCUGGCAUAAGUCACGUCUCGGCGUACUGAUACGCUCUGACAUGGUGCUUGUGAUACAACGCUCGCAGCGACCUGUCACCAUCAAGUUUAUUGGGCUACCGCAAUUGCAACUGGAGACAUUUUCCUCAAUCGCGACCACUGCUUAUUCCUACUUCAAUAUGCUUAGACAAUAUAAUUCAGAUUCUUAAACAUUUAAGUAGCACAUUUUACCUACUGUA